UCACUCAUACCACAUGCCCUCAUGUGUGUAAGCUAUGUGGUAACAAGACGUGUGAAAAUCGCACAUCCAGAAAAGCAGUCUCAAGAACCUCACUAGGCCAAUCGAACUAAGAAAACUACUCCCAUGCAUACGUCGAUAACGUACGUGUUACAGCUUACAGGGAGCUUAGCAAACAAAACUUGUGUAAGUCACGGGAAAGUCGAUAAUUUUACAGUUUCAAACCCGUACAAUUUAGAUUCUCGGUGUUCAAAUGUGGUAAUAACUCAUAAACCCCUACAAUUACCCAAAACUUUUCUUUUUCCAAAAUAUUAAGUUCAAUCUCCUUUGCUCAAUUGAUCCUCUUUUGUCCUUUAAUUUUGUUUUCUCCUUCUUACUUUCAUUUGUUAGUUGCUUUGGUUUGCUUAUGGUGAAUAUCCACUAAUAAUAAAGUACUUUCUUCUUCCUUUAUGUUGUCCCCAUGAAUGGUGAUUUCAAGUUAUCAACUUGCUCAUAAGAUCAUCAGCAAUGCUGAUAGUCUCUCUCUCGAUAACCAAGGUAAGUUUUUUUAUUAUUUUAUUAUUUUUAUUUUUUAUUCAGUUUAAAAAAAAAAGAGAGAACCAAUCGCGAAUUCCUACGUGGCGAUGGGACCCACGCACAAUAAAGAAUCUGUGGAAAAUUAAUCCUUAGCUAAGGAUUAAUUUGACAUAUAUUUUUUAACUAUAAAGGGUUCCACAGAUUAUUAUAAUAAAUUUAAUGCUAAGGAUUUUGUUAAAAAUCAUUUUGGAGGUGGUCUAAGGAAUUGAAUUAUUCUUGUUCCUGAAUUUUACUUUUUACCAGGAAUAAAUGGUUAAUGGCUAUCAAUUUACAACGGACAGAUUAAAAAUGAAUAUAAUUUAUUAAAAUUAGUCUACUAAGAUAAUGUUUUAAUGUUGUAACACGUAAAGUAGAAGUUUUCGUAAGAAAUUUGUAAAACAAGAGAAGUAAAUGCAUGUAUGAAAGCCCCACUUAUGUAUGAUACGCUGUACUAUAUCCAUACUAUAUAUACUCAUGAGUAUGACCUGCUUUCCACGUAGUGUAGUUAGCAGUUGCGGAGCCAAAUUUUUUUAUACGGAGUUAGAAUUAUUUAUUUCAAAAACAUUAUUUAUAAACCACUAAAAAUAUAAAUUAUAGCUUCAAUUUUUAAAGUUUUGUAAUUAUUUUAGUGGGAUUAAUGUUUUUGUGGGAUCAAAUUUUAUAUUUUAAUAGCGUCAAUAAUUUUUUUUUAAACAAAAACAAAAUUUUUUAAAAAAAUAGUGGAGUCAGUUAACCCCACUUUCCCUUUACUAUUUCCGUUCCUGGUAGUUAGAAUACCUAUAAUUUCCACGUAGUGUAGUUAGAAUAUACAGUAGACAUAUUAUAACUUAACUAAUACUAGUACAUUUAACAUUACAAAAAGAUCAUUAUAAAGUUUUCUUGGAAACUACAGCAUCUGAUAUUGAGCAGCCUCAGUGAAUCCAUUUAAAUCUGUGAAAUCAAUCCCACUAUCGUCCCACCAACACAUGACUUUAUAUUAAUCUAUACACACAAAAUAUUAUAUAGUUUUCUUACCAAACAACAUCAGGGUAAAAGAAAAUUGACCACACGGUUGCAUUUAUUGAUUUUUGGUGCAGCUCGUGUAUAAAGAUAUAUUAAGAAUGCAUAUUUUUUUUUUGAAAAUUAUAAAACUAUGUUUUAGUUGUCCUAAAUAGUCUUGACAUUAUUUUUUUGAAACCUGAACAAUUUUGUUGAGUUUUUCUUCUUCAAACUGUUUGAAUUAUUAUUAUUAUUAUUUUUUCAAAGUGUUCGAAUUAUUGAGAAAUAAAAUGAGUAGAUGAAGGUCUCAAAAAAAAAGAAAGAGUAGAUGACGUAAAAGCCGUAAAAAAAAGAUGAUGUGAAUCAUGUGAUUUUUUAUUCUUCUCCGACGCGAAUCAUGUGCAAUCAUUUAAAAAGUAUAUAAAGAUUACAAAAGAGACAACUAUUAGUAGUUGUAAGAUUUGUUCUAAUUAACGUUAUAUUAUACGUUUUCUUCAAAAGAAACAUUAUAAUAUACGAUGCAUCCUAUAAUUGCUAAUCUUUAAGAAAAUUCAUUACAUAUAUUUUUUGGUCAACAGUCAUUAACAUUUUAAAGUUUUUUUUCAGUAUUUCACUAUUUUGUAAUCUUUUGUUAACAAGCACACGUAAACGUGCAUAUAUAUUAAUUUAUAUACAAUCUCAAAAAAAAAAAAAAACAAUCUCAACCGCAUGAUUUACGCUUUACUUAAUUAUCUAACCGUUGGAUCAUGUUCGUUCCCAGUCACACUCACUCUCCUUUCCUCUCUCUCUAGCUUUAAUAUUUUCUGAUCUUCGCUUUGCUGAUUCACUCUCAAGUGGCAUCUUCUUCUCCUUCACCGGUUCUGCAUUCUUCUCUCUUACCCUGUUUGAGGUAAUUUCUCUGUGUUUCCUUUUUUUUAAUCUGAGGAAGUUUCUUGGCUUUGAUUCGGUAGAGACAGACGUUAACUAAUUUAGCGGCGGACAAGCUUGCACGAGGUGCUCGGAAUUCUCCUUUAGCUGUGUUUUAUGUUGAUUCUACCUUACUGGUUUGGAUUUCUGAAGCGGAAGUCUAUGUCGGUCCUUAAGCGGGAUUGAACUAUCAAAUGGAAUGUGCUACUUCGUCUCAACCAUUGCGUACUCAAGUGAAACAAUGCAUGGAGACUCGUCCUGGUGGUGUUGAGCCAGAGCUUGUCAAGUAUAUGUCUAAGCUACCUGUUUUCUUGGAGAGAGCUGAUACCACCACCCCUCAGGAGAAUCUCCUGAGCGUAGGUGUUCUUCCCUGGAGCCGCUUGGAGAAUUGGCAGCAUAGUCAUAAUAACCGGAUGGUGAUGAUGAUGCCAGUCAAGAGUAGGUUUCCUUCUUCAUUGGUUCGGCCGCCUAGUGAUAAAUCCUCUGCUGGGGCGAGGAUUGUGCAUCAAAGGAGACACCGUAGCUCACGGCAGACAAAGAAACCUAAAGACCAUAGAGGAGGUCUCAGCGUACCAGAUGAGCAGCAGCUGGUUCUAAACACUAAUGCACAAGAUGGAGUUGAGAAGAAGGUUCUGAAAGGGAAGAUCUGCCCCAGAACUGGAACUUUAUCAAAUGAGGUUGGCGUGGUGAUCUCUAGUGCUGAUAUUAGUAGAAACAAGAAGAGUGAAAAGAAGCAAGAGGAAACCAAACUCUAUCACUCAACUAAGAAGCUAUCUCUAAAAGAGGCUAAGACCUCCAAGAAGAGUUCAACUAAGAAAGUCCAGGUUGCUGUUGAAGUCGAUUACUCUACUCAACAUUCUUGCCCCUUGCCAUGUAAAUUAGCUGAUGAAAAAGAAACAACCACUACAAGCCAUUUAAGAAGGUUUAUGGAACCUCUACUGAAGCCAAGAGCAACUCACUCUUCUGGCGUUCAAAGAAAAAAACUGGCUAUCACCGGUUGCAAAACAGUAAAUGUGAACGAUUCAGCUCACGAGAAGAAGGUUCGAGCCGUUCUGCAUGCAACAGUUAAGAACAACCAGCCACUCUUUACAUUUACAGUGAACAAAGAAACCAACAUUCUUGCAGCCACGCAAAAGAAAAUGGGAAGCUCGGACGACGAGGGUGAAUGCAUUAGUGUUUACACUUUCUUCUCUAUUAAAGACAGAAACAGCUCAUGGUUAAACCAAAGAGGCAGAGGCCAAACGCAUGGUGUUAUCAUCUCUAACGUUGUUGCUCAGAUGCGGGUCUCCUCGAGCUCUUCUUUGCCAUCUGGUUCCAUCAGAGAGUUUGUUCUCUUCUCUGUAGAGCUUGAUCAAGAAAGCGUGGGAAAGUCUGAUCAUCUGCAGCUGACAAACGAGCUAGCCGCUAUCAUUGUGAAGAGGAGGGCAUCACUAAAUCACAAUGUAGUAAAUAAAGACAUUAGUGCUACGGUCAUACUUCAAAGCGGUGUUCAUAGUAUGCCUCAUAAAGGAGGAGGGCCUUCGUCUUUGAUACAGAGAUGGAGAACAGGUGGGUCUUGUGAUUGUGGAGGUUGGGAUAUGGGCUGCAACCUCAGGAUUCUUACAACUUCAAACUCAUUCGAGCUUUUCUUUUUGGGAGAACAAGCAGAAGAACAUCCGUUCUUGAGCUAUAAACCAAUCAAGGAAGGGAUAUAUUCAGUUGUGUAUGAUUCAUCCCUUUCACAACUACAAGCUUUCUCUAUAUGUAUGGCACUUGCUGAGAGUAGGAAAAUGUCAGACUUCACCCUUGGUCACAAAAGCUCUCGUGAUCAACAUAAAGCUAGAGUGGAAAGUGUGUUAGUCCCGGACCAAAUGUUUAAAGACUAAUGGCAACUACCACCUGUUGGGCAGGUCUGAGGUUUAUAUUAUUACUUCAAACCCAAAUUUUUACUUACAGGUUAGUGUUAAGCCUAGUGUAAGUCAGUUGCAGGAAAUAAGAAAGCAUCAAGAUCUUUUAAAGUAGCUAGGUUAAUGUGUAUCCAACCAAAAGAUAAAUGAUCUUCCCAACUCUUUUUAAGUGUGAAUAUUUUAUAUCUUAUUGUAUGUAUAAUGUUGGUCUACUUUUAAGCUGUGAAAAUCUUUGGUCUCUGGAAGUUUAAAGGGGCUUUUUUGGGGUUUCCAUGUGAUUCAUUGUCAUUUGGAUCUCUCUUUUGAGGCAGCAAAAUCGGAUUUGGAUUCACAAGAACCAUGCAUGUUUUUGAGCCUGCCUCAGCUGAUCAGACAAGGUCGAUGAUCUUAAAAACACUCCUUUCACGUAAAAAAUAUAGACAAAUAGCUAACUCUCAGUUUUUCAUAAAUAUGAAUUUUUCUUAUAUCAGUUCAUAUUUUUAACUUUAGUCUUUUAAAGUCAAAAAGAUUCUUCUUAUUUGUAAGAAAACAAUAAAAGUGUUCCCAUCGUUCACGUGGAGUUGUUGUUUAUGUUGUCACAAAGACAGUGAGAAACAGAGUGGAUUUUAUAGCUUUAUCAACUUAGAACACACAACAAGCAACAUGGUAGACCCAUCAAAUAUCCAAUUUGACAUAUGCCCAGAAAAAGACUAUAAUUCUUCACAUCAUUUAGAAGAUUAUCCGAGAUUUCACAAGAAGACAUUUUCUUUGUCUAAAUGAUUAUCUGGAUGUUCUGUUCUUUGUCUAACUUUUAAUAAAUAUUAGCCAAAAUUAGACAUCUCCAUAAUUUUAACCAUUGCAGAUUGCACAAGGCAUUUUAAAAAUGAAUCUAUUUUUGGAAGAAUAUAUACAAGUUAGACAAGGUAUUCAGUAUUCAGAAUACAAAAAAUAACAUUUGACUGAAAGGCCCUUUCUCAAUUUUAGGUUUUCUUGCGCAUAUAAUAUAUAUUAGGUGCCAAAAUAUGAUUUUGUUACUGGUUUCUAUAUUUCUUGAGCCAUGAGUCCAAGCAAGUCUUUGACACAUGCAAUUUAAGUCUCCGAAAUGAAUCACACUCCAUUGUUAAGAAGAAAUAUUAUUAUUAUCUUCACUUAUUUUGCUUAUUGUGGUCCUGACUUGUGUCACUUAAGAGCAUCUUAAUUUAGGCUAAAAUGUGUCCCCCAAAGGACAACAAACAUCUCCUUGGCACAGGCGUGAAGUCAUCUUCUAUCACUACUUUCCUUUACCAUAUUUAUCAUCAGGAUCCUAUUUGUCUCCACCAACCAACAUUAGUUUUUCUUAUGAAAAAAAUACAUGCAUAUUGAUAGUAUAUGUCGUUACAGAAGCUUUUGACUUGCAUAUAAAAUGCUUCAUGGACCUCUUUCGUUUUGUUGAGUCACCGUCUGCGUCAUUUUAGCUGGAAAGUUCUUAGCUUAUGGGUUCAACUGCACAUAUAGUAUAAUUUAAUUAAAAGUUGAAAACCAGCAUUUAAAAAAAACUGUUUAGUGUGGCGAACACAUUAUUAGUUAAACACAAUUUUUUUUGUGUGUAAAUUGGAUACAAUUAACAUUCUGGAUAUAGUACAAAAUAGUUACUACGUUAAGAUUCUAUAUUCUUGUUUAUCUAUCCUUUCUGGUUAUUACAUAGAUGAACCCUAAUAAUAUUCACACCCACACGCAUGCACACAUGGUUUUGACUUUGACCAUUCAGUUUACAGUUUUGUCCCUGAUUUACAAAUCUGCAUUGUUAUUAUAAUUUUUUCUUACAGAUUCCAUACUACUUUUAUAAAUUAUAAACCCGACGUUUCAGAGUUGCUAAAACGCAUUUAAAAAAAUCAUUUUCAGAAGUGCAAAACAAUUUAAACAUCCAUUUUAUAAAGCAUUCUUAAACAUUCUAAAACUUUCAUAUCAUUCAUUUUCCAAGAUUUCUAAAAUGUUAUCUUCACGAGUUUGUGAUAUUUUUAUUGUUUUUAGUUUGAUGGUGUCUUGAUGA